AUGAACCCUGUCAGCGCCGGGGAGUUCCACGGGCUGCGGGUGGUCUCCGCUCUGGUCAGCAUCGUGGCGGGGUGCAUCAUCAUCGGGGUGUUCAACGACUGUGAUGCGGACGCCGUGGGGGGCAUCUUCCUAGGGGCUGGAGGCCUGGGUCUCGUCAUCUCGGUCUACCCCUUCAUACAAACCUGGCUCAACUUCCACCACUUCCUGCCCACUCUAGGGAACCUGCGGAUCCACCCCGCGCCCGUGAACCCCACCAUGGAGCUGCCUGCAGAGGCCCUGCGAAGGGAAGCCACACAGAGCCAGCUGAACCUGGAGCGCACCAAGAGCAGAAUGGGCGCCCUUCCGGACAUGCCCACGGCCGAGCCGUCUGUGGAGGAGGGGCCUUCUUCCGACGUCCCUGACAUCAUUGCUCAGCGGAAGCCCAAGCAGUCCUCGGAUAUCGACGUGUCGUGA